AUCUAAAUUGUUUGUGUAAAGUACAUCUCUCUCUAAUUCAGUACUUACGCCUGGUAGGCAGUGUGCCCGAACUUCCCCUUAGCUCUGGGCAGUAACAGCUUUGGGAAAGCAGUGUUUUUUAACUUACUAGAAGUAUAGGAGACAUUGAACUUUUUUAUCUUCUGGAUCAGUUCUCCAUUUAUUGAUGCUACAUAGAAUCUUUAAGGACCUCUAAGAUCACCAGUUCCAACUGCCAACUCAUCACCAUCACUCUCACUGAACCAUGUGCCACCUAAGUGUCACAUCUACGUGGUUAUUGAAUGUCUCCAAGGACAGUGACUCCGCCACUUCCCUGGGCAGCUUGUUCCAGUGCUUGACCACUCUUUCUGAGAACAAUUUUUUCCUAUUAGCCGAUGUGAAACUCCCGUGGUGCAACUUAAGGCUAUUACCUCUUGUCCUAUCACUAGUUAAAUGGGAAAAGAGGAUGACCCCCACCUCACUACAACAUCCUGUCAGAUGUAAAGAGCGAAGAGGUCUCCCCUGAGCAUCCUCUUCUCUUGAAGAAACAAUUCCAGGCCCCUUGGCCACUCCGCUUAAGACUUGCAUUCCAGACAUCUCACUAACUGUUAGCCCUACUCACGCUAACAAUUUAAAACAGUAUUACACUUGGCAAAUGCCUUUAAGGAGUAUACUUUCAGUACAGUCAGUUAAGUUCUUAAAGCUCUUUGAAAACACAAACUAAUACAUUUUAAUCUGUUUGCCACCUUACAGUUGCUUUGAAGAGCUUUGAGAGUUUUCUUUGUUACGUUAUUACAUUAGCUAUGAAAUAAGUUCUUUUUCACAGUUUUGCUUUCUCUGGCUCCUUUGGACUUCAAAAAAUGCAACAACAGUAUUGGAUGCUUUGGGUGAUGGGUGUUAUUUUGAGUUAUACUUUGGGUUUCAUUAAUAAACUAGACUACAAGUCACAUCAAGCUUGCAAGCCUUAUACAAUGGGUCCAGUUUGAUUGAUUACAUUAGUGGAAUUUGCACCAGUAUCUUCCUAAUAGUAGUGCUUUUUGCUAUAAGAGUGUAGGAACCACUCUUGUUUAGAACUCAGCUGAAGGCUCUUUUUAAACUAGUAUCAAACUUUUUAAAGUGAAGGAGCCAUAAACUUAACCAGGAGGAGAAAAGAAGGGAAGGAAAAUUGCUUGGUGUCUAGUCAUGUAAAACUAUAAUGAAUACACCACUGAAAGUUACUUCUGCUAGCGAUGACUAUAAAACCUUGAUUUUAUCACUUGUCUUUUGGUAUUGAGUGGCUUGCACACUGCAUACAUGCCUGUCAAAGCUAGUCUUAAUAAUUGCAUAUAAAGUUCAUCAGCUGAAAAGCAAAGAUAAACCCUUAGAAACAAUCUGCUUCUAAUGCCAUGAGUGAUAUACAAGAACUGACAGUCAGAUAUGACAGUCAGUAUUUGUUCACAUCUUGAAGUCUGCAGGCUUUGGAUGCUUGAGGUUACUGAAGUGAAGCAUAAGAAUGCUAUAAGACUACUCUUCGUAGCUCUUUAUUUAUGAGUUCUGACCGAUACAGCAAGAGCGGGUAAAGAACAGCCCAUCAGGUUACUCAUUCUGUGAGACACAAUGCUAAUGAUGGAGGCAGGCUGUAGCCAACUGAACAUUAUUCAGCUCAAACACAGAUAUAAUGCAAUGCAUUUAACAAAGAAAUUCAUAAAUAAAAGUCAUUGUGGUUACCUAAUGCAACUUAAUAAUCCUCCAUUAAAUAUUUAUCACUAAAAAUGGAGUACUUAAUUUUUUUCAUAGACCCAUGGAAUAAUUUAAAUUGAAAAGGGCCUCUAGAGGUCACCUAGUCCAACCCCUUGCUCCGAGCUUAUCUGAUUAGAUCAGGUUGCUCAGGGCUGUACCCAGCUGAGUCUUGAAACGACUGCUGUCUGGGAAGUCUGUUCCAGUGUUUGAUAACUACCGUGGUUAAAAAAAAUAAUAAUAAAUACAAUAUCAUGUAUAUAACCAGAACUUUCUGUGCGCGAACCAGUAUUUGUUGCCUACUGCUACGCAGCUCAGAGGAGCUUUUUCUGCACCCUCUGAUGAGACAGCUGAGUAAAAGCAAGGCCCCCAGAAGCCACAUCCUUUCGAGGCCCAACACACUAGCUCUCAGUCUCACCCCGCACUUGGUGCUCAGAUCUCUGGCCGUCUCUGAGGCACUGCUGCCGGCCUUGUACCAGCGGGCCGAUAACCACGCGCUUGGGCAGGAUACUGAAGCAUGCACUCAAGAGCCCCAGCCAUGGCCGCGCCAGCCCUCACAGGCUUCGCCCACAGCUAAGAUGGCGGCCGCCAACCUUCCGCCCGGCCUGCGCUAUGCCCGGCUCUAAGAUGGCGGCCCCACUCUUUCCAUCCUUUCCCUACGCACCCGCCCCCACCCCGGCGCGCGGGCCGCUGACGCCACUUCCUCUUGUGCAGCAGCCAUUUUGUCUUUCCGUUGCUCCUGCUGCCCGAGCUUCUCCCUCCCUCCCGCCGCCGCUGGCCGCGAAACUCCAGUUCCCCCUCAGGCCCGGCUCCCGCCGCCUGUCCGUCCACCUCCCCCUCGCCGCGCCCGGCGGCAGCCGGCGCCCACACCGCCCCACGCGGCGCCCCGCGCCCCCCCGGCACCCCUCUCCCGGGGCCCACCGCACACAGCCGGCCCCGGGAGCGGGAGCCCGGCCGUGCGCGCCCUCGUCCCGCCAUGUCCAGCGAGGAGAGCUACCUGGCCAUCCUCCGCUACCUCACCAACGAGCGGGAGCCCUACGCGCCGGGCACGGAGGGCAACGCCAAGCGGAAGAUCCGCAAAGCGGCCGCCUGCUACGUGGUGCGCGGCGGGACCCUCUACUACCAGCGGCGGCAGCGGGACCAGCAGCGCUUCGCCGAGCUCGAGGUGGUGCUGCAGGCCGAGCGCCGCGCCCGCCUCAUCCGCGCCGCCCACCUGGCGCCCGACGGCGCGCACCGCACCCGCCUGCAGACCUGGCAGGGGCUCUCGCAGAAGUACUGGUGGCGAGGUAUUCUUAAGCAGGUUAAAGAUUACAUUAAAGAAUGCAGCAAGUGCCAGGAAAAGCUAGAUCGUUCUAGAUCUCUGUCAGAUCCUUCAGAAAUGCUGGAAGAGCUUGGACUGGAUGUAAAAUCUCACGAAGACAGUAAUGAAACAGAUGAUGAAGUGAGUAAUGCGGCAUCAAUCCCAGCUGCAUCCCCAAAGCCUGUGAAGAAGAAGCCAAUAGCGAAACAUGAGCUUGUAUUUGUUGACAGUAAGGGCCUUGUGAAGCAGUCAUCUUCCAAACAUUGUCUGUCAGUCUUAAACCAACUGAAUCAGCAGAGGCUUUCCAAUCAGUUCUGUGAUGUGACUCUGCUGAUUGAAGGAGAGGAGUACAAAGCUCACAAAUCUGUCUUGGCAGCCAACAGCGAGUACUUCCGAGAGCUCUUCAUUGAGAAGGGAGCUGUCUCUAGUCAUGAAGCUGUAGUGGAUCUGUCAGGAUUUUGCAAGUCAAGUUUCCUUCCGCUAUUGGAAUUUGCUUAUACUUCAGAAUUAACUUUUGACUUCUGUAGUAUGGCAGAACUGGCCAUGCUUGCCCGGCACCUCCUCAUGUCAGAGGUUCUCGAAAUCUGUGAGAACGUGCACAAACAAAUGGAAGACAAACAAAUUACAGUGUACCAAAAGGGAGAUAUUCAGACAGUAGACUCAACACAAAAUUUAGCAGAGCAGACUGCAGUUGAGAUGCCUCAUGUGGACAGUGCUGAGCAACCUCUGCCAGUAAAGCUGGCAGCCAGCAAAGUGGCAGCAGCUGUGAAUGGAGCUGCAUCCUCUGUUGAGCCAGAGGAGGAAGCAGAACACCAGCCUGGCAUCCUGCCCCCAGGGCCUGUGGAGGCCUCUCCUGAUGAUCUUUCAAAGCCUGUGGAGCAGUCCAAAGCAAUUGAAAAUGGUGUCAAAAUGCAGCUGGUAGAGAGCAUUUCAGACAGCCCCAUGUCUGCCAGGCAUCCUGAGCCGUCUGUUGUGGAAGCCAUGGAUACAGAAAGUCCAUUGGAAAAGGAGACAGAUGAAAAUGGAAGUUGUAAAGUAAAUGCAGAGACUAUUUCUGAAGACUCCUCAGAAAUGCUCAAGGAAAAGCGCGACAGGCAGAGUAGAGAACAGAGCCUUUCAGCUUCACCACCAGAAAGCUUGGCUUCCAGCCAGGAUGACACUUACAAAAGCAAGCUUCGGCAGCGGUCUGUUAGUGAAGGUGGAUACAUCAGAUUGCAUAAAGGAAUCGAGAAAAAACUGCAGAACAGAAAGACAAAUCCUAAAUCUGCAAUACAGCAGGUUGCCAUGAAGCUGGUUCAGAGAGGGAAAAAAAUGAAACAGCCCAAAAGAGAGACCGCAGAAAAUAACGAAGUAGAAGCUCAGCACAAAUGCACUGAGUGUGGAAUGGUGUUCCAGCGACGCUAUGCACUUAUCAUGCACACACUGAAACAUGAAAGGUCUAAAGAAUUUAAGUGCCCAUUGUGUAAAAAAGAAUUCCAGUAUGGUGCCUCCCUGCGAGCCCAUCUUGUCCGACACACGCGGAAGACUGAAGUGAACUCUGCAGCUGAGAACGUAGAAGAGACAGGCGUGUCCUCAGUGAAAGGGAGAACUAAACGGGAAUUCAUGUGUGAUAUAUGUGGGAGAACUCUACCUAAGCUCUAUUCUCUCAGGAUACAUAUGCUCAAACAUACCGGUGUAAAACCACAUGCUUGCAAGGUUUGUGGAAAGACCUUUACGUAUAAGCAUGGAUUAAAAAUGCACUUAGCUCUCCAUGAAGUACAGAAACAGUUCAAGUGUGAUUUGUGUGAGAAGUCCUUUGUCACAAAAAGAAGUCUUCAGGAACACAUGAGCAUUCAUACUGGAGAAUCCAAGUAUCUUUGCACCAUCUGUGGAAAAUCUUUCCACAGGGCUUCGGGACUCAGUAAACACAUAAAGAAACACCAGCCAAAGCCUGAAGUUCGGGGAUAUCAGUGUACUCAAUGUGAAAAGAGUUUCUAUGAAGCUAGGGAUCUCCGUCAGCAUAUGAAUAAACAUUUAGAUGUGAAGCCAUUUCAGUGCCAGUUCUGUGGAAAAUGUUACAGUUGGAAGAAAGAUUGGUAUUCUCAUGUGAAGUCUCACUCUGUCACAGACCCUUAUAGGUGUAAUGUAUGUGGUAAAGAAUUUUAUGAGAAAGCUUUGUACAGAAGACAUGUGAAGAAAGCCACGCAUGGUAAAAAAGGAAGAGCAAAACAAAACCUGGAACGAGUUUGUGAGCAUUGUGGAAGAAAAUUCACACAGCUCCGAGAAUAUAGGAGGCACAUGAACAAUCAUCAAGGCGUGAAGCCAUUUGAAUGUCUAACCUGCGGAGUCGCCUGGGCUGAUGCACGCUCACUGAAGCGGCACGUGAGGACGCAUACUGGAGAACGACCGUACGUCUGUCCGGUUUGCAACGAAGCUUACAUAGAUGCCCGGACGCUAAGAAAGCAUAUGACCAAGUUUCAUAGGGACUACGUACCCUGUAAAAUUAUGCUGGAAAAAGAUACUCUUCAGUUUCAUAACCAGGGGACGCAGGUGGAGCACGCCAUCAGCAUUUUAGCAGCAGACAUGCAGGAACAAGAAACUGAGAUUAGUGUCGAUGGUGAGGAGAUAGAAACUGUGGUGGUGACUGGAGACACGCUUGAGGCAAUUGAAGCAGUUGCAACUACUGAACCAUGUACAUCGGUCUCCACUCUUUCUGACCAAAGCAUCAUGCAGGUGGUGAAUUAUGUACUUGCACAGCAGCAAGGACAGAAAAUGGCCGAAGUUACUCAGGCCAUGGAAACCGUAGAGGUAGAAGUAGAUGUUACAGAGACAGACUGAGUAGAGCCUAUAAGAGGGACAGCUAAGUGUUAGCUGGGUAUCUGAGGCUUACAGUGACACCUGUUCUCAAACAGUUAAUCCCCUAUACUGAAUUUCUUGGCUAUAAAAUAUUGCACUGUGUGCUACAGGGAAAAAGUUUAAAUGCUUCAGUUUAGGCCGAGGUUUUGAAGGCUAAGAUAUCUGCACUGGUCUGGUUUAGGAAAAAAAAAAAAAAAAAGUUGGAAUAAUAAUGUUUCCUGUGUUACAGGGCGAGUAUCAUGCUGUAAAUUUAAAAACAUGUACAGAGAGGCUGCGCUAAAACCUAGAAACAUAUGGCAAUUGAUAACUUCUGUUUUUAUGUGCAUUUCAUCAAGUUUGUGAGCAAAUUACCAGAGUUGGGUUCCAUCUCUCCCCCCAGAACAAGGGAAUGAUGAAACACUUCAUUCAGCCGUGCUUCGUGUGACUUACAGAAAGUCUGAGGCUUUUGUCUUUUGGCAAUAAGUUCCAAGUCAGUGGGCAGCAGGUGCAAGGUUCCACAAAAACUAAUGGGCAGGGCUGCACUGAUGCCUGAGGGUGUGGUACUCUGAAAUGAGGAAUUUAAGGGACAACCCAUUGCAGAGAUACUACUCAGUAAGCUGCCUUUCGUUUUUUAAGUGAGGAGAUUACGCCUCAUCCUCUAUGCACAACUAUGUUUAGACUAAUAAUGUUCAGUUGCGUAUAGGAACUAUGUUGUUCUACGUAUCCAAAGCAGGCAACCUAGUGAUGGAUAUAUUUCUGCAUUAAAUUUGAUACAGAGUUACAAGUGAAAGGGACGUAAGGGCACAUUUCUUUGAGAAUGGGCUUAUGUUUGUACUGAAGAAGUCCUGCUAUUUACGAUGUGAUUUGGUAUCUUGCUGAGGGGAGGAGCUCUGACAAUUCCCAAAUGGGGGACACAGCAGUAUCAGGGUAGAGAAUUAUGAAUAUCUCAGUAUCAUGUAAUAAAUUGGUCUUACUGUCUUCCGGAGACUGGUAACUUUAUUGCUGCUGCUGUAACAAAUGCUAGGGCAAGCUAAUUACCUAGCGUUACACUACAUGGAUUGAAAAAUUCUUCCUAGGUUUUGGUAGUGGAAAGCAUGAAUCACAGCUAUGCUUGACCCUGGUUGAAAUGUCUGUGAUUUAGUACUGUGUACUGUACGCAUCUCAAGGUGCAGGUUUUUCAUUUUUAGGUUCUUCUUAAAUGAGAAAUGUGUCUGGUUGGAGAUGAUGGGAUGUAUGUGAACAGUCAGAACUGUAUUCUUUAAAUUAGCCCCUAUAGCAUUGUCAAAUGCUUUCUGACUUUGACAGCAGCAAUGUAUCCAAGGAAGCCUGGAACACUGCAGGGUAAACUUGGUAAAUAACGUUACAGGUGUGUAUCUCGGUAUCCAUGAAACAGAGCCACUGAGAAGCACUGCAAAAUCCGUGAUAAAGUAACCACUUCAUUUGAAUUAGUAUUUCUGCCUUUCAUCACAGUUAACUAUGAGCAUCUGCUUAUGAAGCUACAGAACGGACUGUUCUUUUUCUGUUUUACAAGCAUGUAGUUGUUGACUUUUUUUUUUUUCUUAAGGUACUAUAAGUUCCUGCCUUGGAUUUGUGUUAAUCUGUGGAUGGCCAUUUCAAAGGUGAAGGGUCAUCCCGCAGAGAAAUAACAUCAUCAUUUAUACAUCCUGCAGCCUUCCCAAUUGUGGGGUUACCCAGCUGAGUAAAACUAAAAGGAAUACUUGGGGAAAAAGUACUGCUAGCUAUGAUGCUUGAGUCUUUGUAUGGUAAAGGAAUCUUGAGAUAGCCAUCCUGCUUUAAAUUAUAAAGACGUAAGUACAUUAACAGUUCUUACUGCCAUUAUGAUGGGAAAAAAUAGGUUGCUAGGUAAUCUUUAAAACUUACUCGUGUUUGUAUCUGACAAAUAAUUAUGUAUUAAGUGAUUAAAUUUCAAGGAAAAACAGCUGUAAAUAAUGCUAGAACAUUAUUUGUAUAUUUAGCGUGUUACCUUACAAAGAAUAUUAUUAGCACCUCAGUUUAAUCUUUGAAUCUUUGGUGCAUUUAUUUAUUUGCCCAACAUAUGGUAGGAACAGAAAUUUCAGAGCCUGUAGAAGUGCUUUAACUGACGUGAGGGCCUGCCAUUAAAAAACAAAAAAACAGACAAAAAAGCACCUGAAAAGUUGUUUCAUAAGCAAAACUCAGCCAGGAAUAUCAAAGCUGAACAUUGGGACAGCCCUUUCCUGACGUACUGUGCCUUGCCUUUUCAGAACGGCAUGAAGUUAGCAGGGGCUGUCGAUACCUGCUUUGCUGUUCCCAUGUUUGUGCAGUUGCCUUAUGUUUUUCUUUAGAUUUCUUAAGCUCUUAAUUUAAGAUUCCCCCACAGCCUAUUUGAAGACUGCUAAUAAUGCAGUUGAUACUAUUUAAUUUGAUUUUUUUUAAUAAAGCUCCUAAGAUGUAUCCAUUUAUAAAGUAUUCCUAGUAAUAAAUUCUUGUACAUAA